AUGGCCGGUAAUUUUGACUCCGAAGACCGAGCCAGCUGGUACUGGGGGCGACUGAGCCGCCAGGACGCGGUUUCCCUCCUUCAGGGGCAGAGGCACGGGGUCUUCCUGGUGCGGGACUCGAUCACCUGCCCCGGGGACUACGUGCUGUCGGUGUCGGAGAACUCCAGAGUGUCCCACUACAUUAUCAACAGCAUCAGCAACAACCGACAGUCCAGCUCGGGUUUGGCUUCGCCUCGGUUUCAGAUCGGAGAUCAGGAGUUUGAUGCGUUGCCGUCUCUGCUGGAGUUCUACAAGAUCCACUACUUGGACACCACCACUCUCAUAGAACCUGUAAACAAGGGUAGAAACACGGGGUCAAAUGGCUCCGCCCCCUCCGGCGCCCCCCAGCAGCAGCAGGAGGAGGCGGAGUAUGUCCGAGCGCUCUUCGACUUUACCGGCAACGACGAGGAGGAUCUUCCCUUCCGCAUGGGCGACGUCCUGCGGGUUCUGGAGAAGCCCGAGGAUCAGUGGUGGAGCGCCUCCAACCAGGAGGGCCGAGUGGGGAUGAUCCCCGUGCCCUAUGUGGAAAAGUACCGGCCCGCCUCGCCCACUUCUUCCGGUCUGGGUGCUCCAGCUGUGGGAGCUGGAGGGUUUGCUGACGGCGCAGAUGGGGCGGUGAGCCCUCUGGCCGAACUGGGUGACCCGGGUCCGUAUGCUCAACCUGUGGUCAACAAUCAGCUCCCGAACCUACAGAACGGACCCGUUUACGCACGGGCCGUUCAGAAGAGGGUCCCCAACGCUUACGACAAGACGGCUCUGGCUCUGGAGGUGGGCGACAUGGUGAAAGUGACCAAAAUCAACGUGAACGGUCAGUGGGAGGGCGAGUGCAAAGGGAAACGGGGCCACUUUCCCUUCACCCACGUUCGGCUGCUGGAGCAGCCGCAACCUGACGACGAAAGCUGA